AUGCUGAAUAGCCGGAGCCCCCCACAGUACAAGCAGCAAUCCCCGGGGGGCUCCGUUGGCUCCGUCGGUUCCACCAGCUCCACGUCCCAGCUGCUGGGCCACUACCAAUCCGCCUACGGACAGCAGGCUCACUCGCACGCCUGCUAUCAGCACCACUUGCAGCAGCAACAUCUGCAGCAGCAGCAGCUGCAGCCGCAUCAACAGAAGCAGCAGCAUCAUCACCACCAGCAUCACCACCACGGAGCACGGACAUCCCUCACCCCCACCAUGAAGCGGGGCAAGAAGCAGUGGGGCACCAGGGAACGAUCCGGCAUGAGCUUCCUCAUCGUCAUCACCUUCUUCGCCGUCUUUGGCUUAAUCAUUCUAACGGAGGUCUUCAUGAUCGACGAGCGCACCCACAGCGGCAUGUUGGCGAUGAGGGCGGGCGGCGGGGGCGGUGCCAGCCUGGGCGGACGGAUGGGCGACUCGAUGCCGGAUUAUGAUAAUGUUAAGGAUGAUUACGAUCUACUGGAUGCCAGCAUUUUGAGUGAUAAUAAAUUAGGAUUCGUACAGCUGCGCGACAAUAAAUUGAAAAUUCAAGAAGCCGCAGGCGCCGAUGGUCAGCGCCUGGCCGGAAUGCUUCUCAAUGGUGGCGGAGGUGGAGCAGGUCCGUUCGGCGUGAAUGUACCGCUCAUACCCUGGGGCCAGGUGCUGCCGGACAAGGUGGAGGAGACGCUGCCCCACUUCCCGUUUGGCACACGGCCCACCGACGGCGCCUGGCAGGUUGUCAACGGCACCCGCUUCAAAUUCUUUGUCUACUCCGCCUACUUCGACCGGCGCGAGGGAGCUCGCCUGGUGCGAGUGGUGGGCGCCACCAAGACGCGGGGCCCGGAGCGGGUGUGGUGCCGAUUCUGGUACGGACCGAGUUCUGGCAAUGGCACCGAUGCGGGCUCCUCCUCGGCACGUGCCAAGUAUUCCUCGGCCACUGUGAUGGCUCGCGUCAAGAUUAUCCGUGAGAACUGGAAUCUGAAAUACAGCGCCUGUUUUAUCCUGUGUCCAGUACGAACUCCUCCCCUGGCAGUUCCACAUUUCGUGAGUGUGGUUUCCCGCCUGCGUGCUCCGCCGGGCAAUUUGCUGACCCUGCGGAACACCGACCAGGAUGCGGACUUUGCGGUGAGCCCGGCGCGAAAUUCGAGUGUCAGAAAAGGAUCGCCUGUAGGUCGUCCUCCGCCGAGUGGCGAUAACAUACCCGACCGCAUUGCCAUCUGCGUGAAGCCCUUGCACUUCAACUACGACCAGGCGCUGUAUCUGAUGGAGUACUUGGAGUUCUAUGCCCUACUGGGCGUGUCCCACUUCACCUUCUACAACCACACCUUGGGACCCCACGCCUCCUGCGUCCUGGAAAGCUAUCGAAAGGGUCUGGUGCCCGGAAAUCUUACCGCCCACGAUCUGGAGCCACUGACGCCAGCGGAGGCAGCCAACAAUGCCACGCCCCGUGUUCUCAGGACGCAUUAUCAGCGACCCACGGUCAGCAUCCUGCCGUGGAAUCUGCGCAUGCGCAGCCAGAAGGAGAUCCGAACCGAAGGUCUCUUUGCGGCCCUCAACGACUGCCUCUACCGCACCAUGUAUCGCUACAAGUAUCUGGCUUUGGUGGAUCUGGACGAGUUCAUUGUGCCGCGCUACUCGGAUACGUUAAAUGACCUCAUUGGAUCCCUGAAUCAGCGCUUCCGCAAUCGCAACACGGGAGCCUAUUCCUUUCAGAACGCUUUCUACUAUCUUCAGUUCGCGGAUGACAGCCUGGCAAGUUCUGGAAUAGAGGGUGGCAAUGACCAACUGGCCAAAGUACGGGCCAAUCUAGUCACUCAACGUAAGACACGAAGGCGAUAUAAACUGCACCCUCAGAAGCAACGAUCCAAGUACAUCUGUAAGCCGGAGGCAGUUGUUGAGGCAGGCAACCACUUCGUUUGGGAAUUUGCACCUGGCAAGGGAUCCCUCAACGUGCCGCCAAAGGAGGCCAUUCUGCAGCACUAUCGGGUCUGCGAGUUCGGAGGCAACGACUGCAUCAAGGCGCCUUCGAUUGUAGAUCGAACGACCACAAAGUAUGUGAAUCGCUUGGUGCAGCGGGUGGAUGCAGUGUAUCGUCAUCUGCGCCAGCGCUGCGACCUACCAGCUCUGCCACCGUUGCUCAAGACCAAGGAGAAUUCCCAGGAGAAACCCAUAGAAAUGACCAAGGAGAGACCCAAGGAAAAUAAUAACGAAAAGACUAAAGAAAAGCCCCAGGAAAAGCACAAGGAUAAUCCGAAAUUGAUGGAGCAAAAGAGAAAAUUGGGUGCAACAACGAAUGAGAGUUUAAUCAAAGGAGUGGCCACAGCCACAGCCACAACAACGACGAAGGCAACAACGAAAGGAGCGGCAACGAAGCAGCAGCAAUCCAUCCCAGUCACCACACCCACAAGGACCACGACCAGGACUUCGACGACACCCAAGCUGUCGAUACCAUCGGCCAAUGUGCGCAAGAAACGGAAGCUCAUUGUCUUCGAGAUCAAUGAUUUGGGGGUGCCCGUGGCCAGGGUGGAGUACCAAUGAGAUAGGGACAUUGCUGGAAACAUUUAAGUGGGGCUUUUGGUUCAUUUGAGUGCCAAUUAGUUUGAGGAUUUAGUUGGUUGUGUUCCGGUGCGGUUCAUCAACUUAAUUUGGCCAUUAUCAGAAUGCUCAACAAGUUAACUGACCCUAGGGAUUUAAGUAUGUUCAUUUGCUCACCGUAGAAAUAAAAGGAACGCACCUACGAACCAAAGCAAUAUCAUAAGAUUGUAGCAAUAUGAUCUCAAGCCAAUGAUAUCAGCGAAAAUCAAGUUGGUUGUUCCGAAAAUUAUUUAAAAUUCCUUUAAAUAAUGUCUGAGUGCUAAGGAAUAUUUUUAGUUAUUUAUUGUAAAAUUUCCCGAUGAAACAAGGGAUGUGAGACUUAAAUAAUACUCAAACGAUGCUAGUUAGAAGCAGCUACGAAAUUAUAAUCACUAAUCACUGUUUGGUUGUUCUCUUUAAUUUGGAAAAUAUGUUUUCCCGAUUUUGGUAGUCCUAAUGCAAAAUUAUUCCUAAACAAAAUUCAGAAAAUUCCUAAUGCGAAAUUCAUAUGUAAUCUAAGCCAUUGUUUCGUGUUGUAGAAUAAGCAAUAAGGUAUACAAAAAUGAACUUGAAGCAAAAGCAUGCAAAAAAAUGAAUAUGUAUCUGUUAGAGCAACAUUACCAAUUAGCAAAGGAGAAACUCCUUCGAGGUAUGCGCUUAGUCUCUACAUUAGUGGGCUAAAAAGCUUAGGACUUCUUUACUGGUCCUUAUCUUUUGGCUUGUGCAUGAGGCAGAAACUCAGAAUGCUAAGUUAAGAAUUAUCACAAACUGAAUCGAAUUUCAAAUGCUUCGAAAUCCGUAAACUUUUUGUUUGGCUUAGCGCACAAAAAGUAUAAGUAUUAAGUAAAAAAUAAACAGAAAUCGGAAAACAGAUUUAGUGGUCUAUAGGUAUUA